CAUCUCAAUUGGUUAAGCCUGGAACCACUCCUGAGCUUCUGCCCAAGGACACUGACUUUCAACAGAAUGAAGAGUGCAACUUUUUGCCUAUUCAUCUUCAUCUCCCUUCUCCUGCUGAUGGUCCCAGUGCAUACUAGGGAGUCUGCAAACUCUCUCCUGGAGAAAAAGAUCAAGGAACUUCUCAAUUAUCAAGAUGGCUGUCCGUCCGCUGUGACUCAGACUCUCUCCUGCACUAGUGUUAAAGCUAUGGGCACCCUAGCCUCCUGCCCUGCUGGGAUGGUUGCUACUGGUUGUUCUUGUGGCUUUGCUUGUGGAUCUUGGAAUAUACAGAACGAAAAUGUUUGCCACUGCCUGUGUCCAAUCAUAGACUGGACCGUAGCCCGCUGCUGCCAUCUGGCCUGAGAAUGAGGAGGCUGAGAAUCCAGUUUUGAAAUGAUGAUCAUAACAAAACUGUGAUCUCACCCAUGAAAUCUGACUCCUUGUCCCUGUGAUGAAUUCAUAUUACACAAUAAUCCUGCUUCUUAAGAAAUAAAAACAGAUUUGCACUCA